UUUUAUUUUCGCGCGUUGACAAAAACUUUUUCUUUUAUAACUUUUCAAUUUACCUUAAUUCGCACGCAUUUUGCACAUUUCCACAUAUAAUUCACUCACACUCAUUUAUUUUCAUGAAAUGCGCAGAGGUACAAGCAGCAAGGUGCCCCCAAAGGCAGCAGCUUUCCUCCGGCCCAGCACUCAAGCGCAGCGCCACAGCUCGCGCGCAACCAAAACAGGGCGCGCUGAGCAAGUCUGGGACGGAAUGUCAUUGCUGACUGUCGUAACACCGAAGAAAUUACAUGCAGAGGGCUCUGGAAGCUUGCUGGGAAAGCGCACGCGGUCUUUGCAUUCCGGAACUCCUAAUGGUGCUGCUGCUUGUGCUAAUGCAGAGCUGGUAGAGAUACAGGUGCUUGUUGCUAGUAGUGAUAGCGAAGAGGACGUUGAGUACAUUGCACCGGCUUUGCAAUACGACGAUGACGACGAUGACUUUAUCGAAGUUUGUAGUAAGAACAAGAGCAUCAGUAAUGAUAGCCGAGCUACAGCUGGCAGUACCACAUUGGUCAAUGCAAGUACCCGUGCAAACAAGGUGGAUUGCAUGAGCAACGAUAUUGAGAUUGUUUCGGUAACGGCCCAACAGCCAACAAUAGUCACUACGCCAAGGCGCGGCCCGACGAUACGCCGGUACAACAGCCAGUCCAUCACACAGCCCAUCGUAUUGGCAGAGGAUACGCAGGAAUAUUUUGGCGGCAGCUCUGGGUUUGCGGGAUAUAUUUUUGGCGACCACAUUGGAGGAAGCGCGAUUCCAGAGACGCCACCCCUACCGCCGCAUGCUAGUCCACAGGUAAUGCGCGCCGAUCUGUCCAGCGACCCCAUCAGCGAGUUCAGGACGCCUAUAAACAGCCCGUCAAGGGCUAACGCCUCGCCACACACACCAGUUGCCGGGCCGGAAUCCGACUCUAUUCAGUUUUCAGAUGACCAUCGAGAUGGCGCUGUUGAAUCUCCAAAAGGUCCCGGAAUUACGCAGUGGUACCGCGAGGGCUUGCAAAUGUGUGAGGGCGAUUCGGAGGAGUAUACGCAAGGGGAGUCUCAGGGCCUGGAGGACCCAUCGCAGUUUUUGGACGGGUUUGACGACGAGCUCAGAUUUGACAACGACAACGAGCCUGAGUCAAUACUAAUUGGCGACGAUAGCGAAGACGAUGAAGAGGUAAUAGGAGGAAAUACAGAUAAGAGUCGCGAUACGCGUGCUACUAUUGGGUUCUGGGACUUGCGCAAGCCUGGGGCAUACAGCGAGCGGGAUAGGGCCAUGUACCUGAACCAGUUUGCGCCUAGCGAUCGACAGGUAGCCAUGCGCGAGCGCAAAAGGACUCGGACAGACAAUGCGCACGGCUCCUUCGAUGUAUUGCAAGACAAUGGUUUGCCUCCAUUACCCUAUCAACAGCCGCGGAGAGCUGUGUCCACCAGGGGCAGAGGCCACGGCGGCAGCGGAACAGGGGAAGGCACUGGUGGCACUUGGGGGCGUGCUUCUGGCAGCCGUGGACGUGCAUCCAAACCGGCUCGUGGAGGUCGAAGGACCAAAAAUCGACGCUCGACAACGGCGGGUUCAACGACGGCCCAGCAGCAUACAUUGUCUUCUAGAUCCAGGGUUGCUGUGCCAGUCGGUUACAACUACUAUGCCGGCGAGCCUGCACUUGACUUGUCCGCAUCGCUCAACUGGGAAGGUGGCGGCAUAUCUCGCUUUGGCUGACUCAUUCUUUUUUUUACCGAAACAACGGAC